AUGGCGGAAGGAAAAGGGGCCAUGUCAACGAAUCUGAAAAUGAUGCCACAACAACAUAUCGGUUCCGGCAUCGGCACGGUGUACUUGGCGAUCCAAAACGGAGCAGAACAAAGGUCCUGGUUACAGUCUUGUUUUUUGGACUUGGUGGACAUCGAGUCUCGCGGGGAUCUUGUCGGUGAUGAGUACUUGGAGCUGCGGCAGAGGACAAACAUGGGACCUGGCGCCUGGUGCAACCGGCGAUUGAUGAGGCAGAGAUGGAGCUGCUCUGGCAUGGGGAGGCGCAGGGUGCUAGAGUAG